GUGUCAUGGCGGCGGCUCGCAGGCACUGAGGCGGCUGAGGGCGCAGUGGGGCCGCCGAGGUGGCAGCGGCGGCUCAGGGAGGUGCUGCAGCCCUGGGGCUGAGGGAGCGCCCAGGCUGCGGGAGGAGCGGUGCAGUACGGGGGCCCGGCGGGCGAGAGUGGACUCUGUGGCGGGGGAGGGCAGGGCCAGGCCCGGCCUCUCCUCGGACUCUCCCGUCGCCUCUUGCCGUCUGUUUCCAGCAGGAGCAUCGCCCUGGUCAUUUCCGAGGGAAAGAGCGGGACGGCGGGUAGAUGUCGCUUCUGCGGGCGAGGACUUGUUAUCCAAAAGUGCUUGAGUAAACUCUGAAUGUUUUGAGUUCGUGGAGAGGACGCGGGCAAAAGCGCCUUUCUUGUGCUGAGAAUGGAUGAAGAGAGUCUGGAAGCAGCGAUCCAGACCUACAACGCCCAGCUGCAGCAGGUGGAGCUGGCGCUGGGGGCGGGCCAGGACCCAUCGCAGCAGUCGGACCUGAUCCAGCUGCAGGAGGAUUUGAAGCAGCUCAUAGAACUGACCGAGUCGAGCCUGGUGGCUGUGAAAAAGAGCAAACUUUUGGCCACUUUGGACACAGACGCCUCCUCCUCCUCCCCAGCAGGUCUCCCAGGGCAAGAUUCCCAGCUGGAGAGCUCUGCCCAAGAUGAGGAAUACGCUGCUUUUAAGGAAGCCAUUGCUGGGCUUGGAACAGAUGAGGGGCCUGCAGCUGAUGACAACGAGAUCUCCUCGGAGAGAGAGGGAGAAACGGGGGAUAAAUCCACAUCAAAGUGCAGUGAAGAGGAGGAGGAGUCUGAGAGGGAGGAGGAGGAGGAGUUGAGUGGGAUGAAGGUUAAAGCCCCCUACUACAGCUCCUGGGGGACCCUGGAGUACCACAAUGCCAUGAUUGUGGGCACAGAGGAGCUGGAGGACGGCAGUGCAGGGGUCAGGGUGCUCUACCUGUACCCGACCCACAAGUCCCUGAAGCCGUGCCCCUUCUUCCUGGAUGACAAGUGCAGAUUUAAGGAGAACUGUCGGUUUUCCCAUGGUCAGGUGGUGGCCGUGGAGGAGCUCCAGCCAUUCCAGGAGCCCGACCUGAGCAGUCUGGGGGUGGGCUCAGCCUGCCUGGCCAAGCACAGUGAUGGGAUCUGGUACACGGCCAAAAUCACCGAUGUGGACAGUGGUUACUACACGGUGAAAUUUGACUCCCUGCUCCUCAAGGAGGCCGUGGUGGAAGGGGACAGUGUCAUUCCACCCCUGAGAAGUGAAGAUGCUGCUGAAUCUGGCGAGUCUGAUGAGGAUAGUGUGGAUGAUUCUGGUUAUGCCAAAGUGAUAGAUUCAGGGGUUCCAGAGAACGGGGAAUGGACCCCUGCCUGCAGCUCCUCUUUCGGUGGCUGGGAGGCCCAUACUCGUGGCAUUGGCUCCAAACUGCUUGUUCAGAUGGGAUAUGAGUUUGGAAAAGGCUUAGGGAAGAAUGGCGAGGGCAGAGUGGAGCCAGUGCAGGCUGUGGUGCUUCCUCGAGGGAAGUCCCUGGACCAGUGUGCUGAGGUGCUUCAGAAGAAGAAGCAGGGGAAGCUGGAGCCGGGCAAAUCGAGGAAAUGCCGAGCAAAGGGAAGCAGCUCCGGACAGCCGGGCGGCCGUAAGGCCCCGCGCAACGUGUUUGACUUCCUGAACGAGAAACUGCGCGGGAAGAGCGCCGGGGACAAGGCUGGGGGGAUGGCUCUGCCCCAGAGGAACAGCAAAGAGAUCUACCAUGCCAGCAAGAGCACCAAGAAGGCCCUGAGUGUCAGCCUCUUCCAGACCACGGAGAAGAUUGAACAAACACAGAGGGAUAUCAGGGGAAUCCAGCAGGCCCUGGCACGCAACAUCGGGCGGCACAGCAUUGCUGCAGCUCAGCUGGAGGAGAAGCUGGCUGAUGCCCACAAGCAGCUGGGACAGCUGCAGGCCCAGGAAGCCAGGCUACAGCGGGAGCAGAAGAAAGCAGACACCCACAAGAAGAUGACUGAGUUCUAGGUGCUGAGGAAGGUGUUGGACUGCAGGAGUUGUCCUUCUGGUGCUCUUAGCCUCAGAGUCUCGAUGAGCUGUCCUGCUCUGCUGGGCCUCAGGCUGCUCAGCCUAAAACUGGGCAAAAAAGCAGCAGUUUCUGGAUGCUUCUGAGCUCUUCUAGGAGGGGGAGGAGUGCACAUCCAUCCAGCCCUGAAAGCAUUCAGUGAGUUGGGCCUUGGAUGAGGCCUAGCUACAAGGGAUACAAUCCUCUGCUCUCUUGCACACUUCUUUCCUUCCUUUUCCCUACAGUAGCAGCUCCAUCCAGAGUCUGUGGGAGCUCAGGUGAUAACACUGCUGGCAACAAACCAGCUGAGGGGGCUUGGACAGCCCCACAUCCUGCCAUUAACUGUGGCUUCUGUCUGUGGCCACCUGCCAAGCACAGGUGCAGGCAACGUCCUGACCGUGGCUGGGUGAAAACAUCAAAGGUCAAGUGCUUUAGCUGCUCUCUGCCUUCUGUUUUUUACUAUGGGAUUUAUCUGAGAACUCCAUUUUUGGGGGGAGCAGUUCUUUGUAGCCCUAGCAUAAGGAAGAGACAGAAAACUGACAGCUCGGAGGUGGAACCAGCAGCCUGGAGCAUCAGAUUUCAGCAGUUUGACUGUAAGAGUAUCCCAGGCCAUCCUGUAGCCAAACUCACUGGCUUGGCAUGGAAGGCUGCCUGGUUCCACAGGUAGAGUGCCAUAGCUGGGGGAAUAAGCCAGCAGCAUAACAGAAUUCCCAAACCUAUUCAGGAACAGCUCCACAGGGAACCUUGUGAUUUUUCACAAGGUUCACCUUGUGAGCAGCCCCUGAACUUUGUGAAAUGGUGGCAUUUCCUCAAUUUGCCACCAUUAGUUGGGUUUUUCUGUCCAAGGUGGCUCACUGAGCAUGGGUCCUUUUACUAAAAAACCUCAGGACCCAGAUCCAGGUUGGACUGAGCCCUGGAUGAGCACAAAGAGCAGGAUCAGGAUGAGCCCAGUGUGCAGCCCUACAGUGGGUGAGCUUGGGGCUGGGCUGGAAGCAGGCCAGGCAAGCCAGAUGCUCUUCCCUCCAUGUGGAAAGUGUUUGGACAGGAGGGAUGUCCUCUCCCCUUGGUUACAUUCUGUGUUGGUGGUGGCCAGUUCUUGCCUCAGAGGUGCUGGUUUCAUCAUCUGGUGGGAUUUCUGCAUUGUAAAGGCUUUUUUUUAAAUACAAAAAUAGUUUGCAAUUCAUGCCAGUAUCUUAAGGACACCAUUUUUUUUAAAUUUAAGGAACCAAUUUCCUUUUAUUCUGUGAGCAAUUUUUCUAAUGAAAAGGUUCCUUUAGUACCCCCUUUUUUAUCUAUCCCUGAGAAGAGAUUAAAAAACAAGCUGUCAGCCUGGGCAGGGCAGUGCCUGAUUUGCAGGGUCAGGCUGCCAAACAAACAAGAAAAUCUGAGACUGAAGAAGAUAUGAUCAGAGCUGUUCAGGUUGUGUGGGAUUGCACAUGGCUGCAGACACACCUCAGAAACACAGCGAGACAGCAAAACCAAACAAGAUGAACAUCUUCAGGAAGCCUGUGGGAGUGAGUCUGUGCUCCUGAAGAGCACCUGGAUCGUGCUGUGAUCCUCGUGGAUGUGGGAUGUGUCAUGGGCUGCCUCAGGCACUUCAACAUCCAUCCCUUCCUAUUGGAAUUGGCUGUACUGUCCUCAUUGUUCUGAAUUAGUGUUCUCCACACACGGGGCUCAACUCAAGGGUUUAACAAUGGCCCUUCCCUCGCAAAUGACUGUUUGUUUCUCACACUUGAGUGCUAAGUGGUGACAAGGAUUAAUGUGCCCAGCUUAGCAUGGAUGCUCACUGGAGUGGCCCAUGACUGGAGAGCUGAGCUGGGCAGAGAAAAUUCAGGGGUUUAUUUUGUGCUCUGAGACUGUUGAACAUCAUCAUCUCUUUAGGAACUGGGUGUAUGAGCCCUGUGUCUUUGCUAAGUCCUAUUUUGACCCUUCUUUGAGAUCUCCACAGCCUGACUUGUCAGACUCCUAUUCCAGCGGCUGCCACCUCCCACCCAGCACAGUUCACAUCCCUGAUGAAUAAAGUUGGUGUUUCUUUUUCCCCCUC